UCUAAUAGUAACCCAUUUCUAUAACUUUCUGUUCCUUUUUCUGGUUUUCUUAGUCUUAGUCGAGAAAACGCAGAAACUUUACAGAGACGAUUUCAGUUCUGAAUUCUCUCUACAAGGUACAGGAUUUCAUCUUAUUAUUGAAUAGCUGGAUAAGCUGGCUGUGGAGAAUCAAGAACAGAAGAUCGGGGUAGUGAAGGCCAAGCAAAAGAAAGUCAUGGUGAGCCCAAUAAUUCGAAUGGAGAACGAUGAACUGGGUCCUCCAUGGUUAAAGCCGAUGUUAAAGGCCACCUACUUCAUUCCCUGUAGAAUCCAUGGAGAUUCCAACAAGAGUGAAUGCAACUUAUUUUGCUUAGAUUGCAUGGGAAAUGCCCUUUGUUCUUACUGUUUGAUCCAUCACAAAGACCAUCGUGUUGUUCAGAUACGGAGGUCUUCCUACCAUAACGUGAUAAGGGUUAACGAGGUUCAGAAAUACAUCGACAUAUCUGCCAUCCAAACCUACAUUAUCAACAGUGCCAAGAUCGUCUUCCUUAACGAGCGUCCACAGCCAAGGCCUGGAAAGGGAGUCACCAAUACCUGUGAAAUCUGUGGUCGAAGCCUUCUCGAUUCCUUCAGGUUUUGCUCCCUCGGUUGUAAGCUGGAAGGAAUGAAGCGCGGGGACCCAGAGCUAACAUUUAAAUUGAGGCCAAAGCAUUGCCGAGAUGGUAUGCAUGGGUCGGAGUCUGAGGACUCGUCCACCACAAAGAAGAUUCGAAGGACUUUCAUCUUCAACCGGGCACUGGAGGGUUACCAUCGAGCAGGAACUUCUAUCGACGGCGAGAUGUACUCGAGCUCAAGUGAUGAUGCAGCCAAUAACAUAUCGCCGGCGACUCCUCCCAUUGUCAAUUAUGGAAGAGCCAGAAGAAGGAAGGGCAUUCCUCAUCGAGCCCCCUUUUGAAGAGAGAGAGAGAGAGC